CGCGGUGAAUUAGUGAAAACUUAAUGUUUAUAACUUGGUAAAAAAAACUUAUUUUGUCAUAAUAUCCUUUUCUGUACGCUGUCAUAGGGGCCUAAAAAGCAAUUUUCUGCAACUUUGGUGUUCAUUGUCGCAUGUCAUACCCACGACCAGUGAGAUCAUGCUUCAAGCAACAACAACGUUGGCUCAUGUCCCGAUUCUUCCUCACAUGUCGUCGCUGUUUCUCUGUUGUCACUGUUCCCCAACCCUCUCUUUUUGCUACCUUGUUGUGUAACACUACUCGUAUACGCGAAUUGAACCAAAUAUAUGCCCACAUUCUCAUAACGCGGUUUUUAGAAUCCAAUCCCGCUUCUUUUAAUUGGAACAACAUCAUAAGAUCUUACACUAGACUAGAAGCACCCCGAAACGCGAUUCGUGUCUAUGUUUCGAUGUUGCAGGCCGGGGUUUUACCCGACCGUUACACUCUUCCAAUUGUUCUCAAGGCUGUGUCACAAACUUUUGCCACUGAGCUUGGAAAACAGGUUCAUUCAGCUGGUAUAAAGCUUGGACUUCAAUCUAAUGAGUAUUGUGAAACUGGAUUUAUUAACUUGUAUUGUAAAGCUGGUGAUUUUGAUAGUGCCCGUAAGGUGUUCGACGAAAAUCCUGACCCAAAGCUUGGUUCUUGGAAUGCUAUAAUAGGUGGUUUUUCACAAGCUGGACUUGCAGUGGAUGCUGUUGGCGUGUUUAUUGAUAUGAAGAGGCAUGGAUUUCGACCGGAUGGAAUUACCAUGGUUAGCUUAACAUCGGCUUGUGGUAGCAUCGGUGACUUGUACCUGGCUCUCCAAUUGCAUAAAUGUGUUUUUCAGGCUAAAGCUUCUGAUAAGACUGACAUUUUGAUGUCGAAUUCUCUGAUUGACAUGUAUGGAAAGUGUGGGCGAAUGGACUUGGCUUACAGAGUUUUUGCGACGAUGGAGGAUAGGAAUGUGUCAUCGUGGACAUCCAUGAUUGUGGGUUAUGGAAUGCAUGGACAUGUGAAGGAGGCGCUUGGUUGCUUUCAGUGUAUGAGGGAGUCGGGAGUGAAGCCUAAUUAUGUGACUUUUAUUGGAGUGCUUAGUGCUUGUGUGCAUGGAGGGACUGUUAAAGAAGGAAGGUUUUACUUUGAUAUGAUGAAGAAUGUUUAUGGCAUAAGACCCCAACUGCAACAUUAUGGAUGUAUGGUGGAUUUGCUAGGUCGGGCAGGAUUGCUUGACGAUGCCAGGAGAAUGGUGGAGGAGAUGCCUGUGAAGCCAAAUUCAGUAAUAUGGGGGUGUUUGAUGGGUGCGUGUGAGAAACAUGGGAAUGUGCAUAUGGCAGAGUGGGUAGCUGAGCAUUUGCAAGCAUUGGAACCUUGGAAUGAAGGUGUUUACGUGGUAUUGUCAAAUAUCUAUGCCAAUAAAGGCUUGUGGAAGGAGGUCGAGAGAAUAAGAUCCUUCAUGAAAGGAGAAAGACUUACUAAGGUUCCUGCCUAUAGCAUCACAACAAAAUCAGAUUGAAGAUUCAACAAUAAUUUAUUUUAGCAUUGGGGACUUUACAAUCAAUUGUAGUUUAUUUAUGUGUCGUUUUUUAUGUGCAAUUUUGCUUUUCAGCUAUUUUUUUUUUUUGUCUUUUUCAGCUAUAUAUACUCCAUAAACAGCAGAUAUUUCCAAUGUUGGAAAUGUUUUUUAUUUGAGGACGGGAGAAGAGUGGAAGACUGAAGUUAGAUAUGAGUAGCUUAUAAGAAACAUGGGAAUUUGAUUUGUAAAUAUAACCUUUGAAUUUUUAUGAUUUUGUAAGGAAAGGUUUAAAUCUAGUGACUGAGAAUCA